UGGAUGAUGCCGGUUGUUGUUGUGAGCGGGGAGCUGGAAGAUGAGUGAGAUCGUGGAGCGGACCCUGAGCGCUCUGCCCAGCCUGCUCCUGCAGGACCCUGUGCCCGGGCCUGGCUCCAAGCUGGGGGGCCUGAUCCGGAGCAUCACAGCGCUCACCUCCAGACAGGAGGAAGAAAAGCUCAUCCAGCAAGAACUUGCCAACCUGAAAACGACCGUUUCCUCGCCUAAUACUACCCUGAGGCAGAUGAAGGAAUGCAUGGUGAGAUUGAUUUACUGUGAAAUGCUGGGAUAUGAAGCUUCAUUUGGUUAUAUUCACGCCAUUAAAUUAGCUCAGCAAGGAAACCUACUUGAGAAACGAGUCGGCUACUUGGCAGUGUCAUUAUUCCUACAUGAAAAUCACGAGUUGCUGCUUCUGCUUGUAAAUACUGUUCUAAAGGAUCUACAGAGCACUAACCUUGUGGAGGUGUGCAUGGCAUUGACUGUUGUGAGCCAGAUAUUUCCCCGGGAAAUGAUUCCUGCUGCUCUACCACUCAUUGAAGAGAAGCUUCAGCAUUCAAAAGAAAUUGUGCGAAGGAAAGCUGUCCUGGCAUUGUACAAAUUCUACCUUAUUGCACCCACUCAAGUACAACACAUUCAUGAGAAGUUCAGGAAGGCAUUAUGUGACAGGGAUGUCGGUGUGAUGGCCGCUUCUCUGCAUAUUUAUCUGCAGGUCAUAAAGGAUAACCCAUCUGGAUACAAGGAUCUAACGGGGUCAUUUGUGACGAUCCUGAAACAAGUGGUUGGAGGAAAACUCCCUGUAGACUUUAAUUAUCACAGUGUUCCCGCACCCUGGCUACAAAUCCAACUCUUGAGGAUCCUGAGACUGCUAGGAAAAGAUGACCCUGGAUCCAGCCAGCUUAUUUAUGACAUACUAGAUGAAUCAUUGCGAAGAGCAGAAAUAAAUCACAAUAUCACUUAUGCUAUCCUUUUUGAAUGUGUACAAACUAUUUAUACAAUUUACCCAAAGUCUGAUUUAUUUGAGAAAGCUGCAAAGUGUAUUGGAAAGUUUGUUUUGUCUCCAAAAAUCAACCUCAAGUAUUUAGGACUGAAGGCACUUACAUAUGUGAUCCAGCAAGACCCUAACCUGGCUCUUCAGCACCAGAUGACAAUAAUUGAGUGCUUAGACCACCCUGAUCCCAUCAUUAAAAGAGAGACGCUGGAGCUUCUGUAUCGGAUCACUAAUGAGCAGAACGUUACCGUUAUUGUACAGAAAAUGCUGGAAUAUUUAAAGCAAAGUAAAGAUGAAUAUACAGUAAUUGCACUGGUUGGAAAAGUAGCAGACUUGGCGGAAAAGUAUUCACCAAACAAUCAGUGGUUUGUGGAGACAAUGAAUGUAGUGUUUUCCAUUGGUGGCGAUUUGGUGCAUCCAGAUAUUCCUAACAACUUCCUACGACUUCUGGCUGAUGGAUCUGGUGAUGAAAAGGAAGAUGGACAGCUGAGGCUGUAUGCGGUGCAGUCUUAUCUCGCCUUGCUGGAAAUGGAGACUGUGCAUUAUCCCCAGCGCUUCCUACAGGUUAUCAGCUGGGUACUAGGAGAAUAUUCCUAUCUGGCAAAGCAGGUUCCUACAGAAUCAGUAAUAUCUAAACUGCAAAACGUCCUGCUACAAAGCUCUGCCACCUCUGAAACCAUGACCUGGGUCAUGACCGCAAUAACAAAGCUGGCCGCAGUCACCCCUCAUUCUUCAUUAGUGGAUCAGCUAAUCCAAGAAUUCUCGACCUGCCUGGACACGGCAAUGCGGCAGCAGGCCUGCGAAUUGAAAGCACUGUGGGAGGAUAGGUCGCUAAUCCAUGGCCUUUUUCCGCUCAGUUCCUGCUGUGACGACUUACUGGUGGAUGCUUCUCUGUCUUUUAUGGAUGGGUUUGUGGCUGAAGCUCUUAGUAAUGGUGCAGCCCCAUAUAAGCCUCGGCACCAGCGCCAAGAGGAAAAGCUGUCUCGGGAAAAAGCUUUAAACCUGGAGCCCUAUGGACUGUGCUUUUCCCCCAGUCUACCUUCUAUCAGUUUGGCUGAUGGGCAUUCACCUUCUGCAAUCUCUGUGUUAUCUGAAGUCUCUGGAAAUAGUGGGGAGACUGGACAAAAAGAGGAAAAUCGUUUGAAGAUGGAUGGUAUUAAGAAAGUUUGGGGAAAAGAAGGCUACUUAUUGAAAAAGGAAAGUAAAGUUGGUGAAACAGAGUCUAGUUCACCUCCACUGGAGAGUGGUAUAUCAGUGGGGGAGGAUGAAGAAGCCACGUUUACUCCUGCAGAACCAUCAGUGGCGCUUGUUUCAGAAGAAGAGAGAGAGAAGAAACGGUUAGCUUCCACGUUGUUUGUGGGCCUCGGAUCUAAUGCUGUCUCAUUGAUGGGUAAAGCAGACCAGACCACACAAAAGUUUAAAAGAAAGUCAAAGUUUAGCAAAAAAGAGGAUGCACUCUUGUAUUCCCCUGGAGAGCAGAAUCACAUAGCAUGGACGUUACCAAAUGAUGUCUCAUCCGUCGCUUCUAGAUUGUUGCCUUCACAAACAGUUGAAGACAAGUCAGUAGAAGGGAAAGUUUCUUCUUUGUUUGCAAACUCUAACCUGGAAACGUUUUCACCCACCCAAGGAGCCAGCACGAUUCUCUCUGUGCCAACCUUACUUCCUGAGCUUGCCCAGCAUUCACACUCUGCCGUCACUGAGCUGGCAGCUGGUGGGACUCUGACGCUGUACUCCAGUAAAGUAUGGAAAGAAGACUGUUUGCUGCUUGUAUUGUUAACUGUUAAUCCGACAAGCUCGGCCAUUAAAAAUAUUAAUCUGCAAUUGGAAGACUCUGAGAUUCUUAUGGUUUCCCAGAGUCUUUGCUGCCAGCUUUCUCAUCUGGAGGCAAAAGAAGUGCAUCAGUGCUGGGGUAGUGUACACCCGGCACACCCAUGCAAGAAAGAGUUCAUCCGUGGCCGCGUCACUUACCUGACAGAGUCAGAAGUGCCUUCUCAGCUUGAAUUUUCAUUAUAUUUUAUGCUGUCUGAUUUUAUCAGACCUCUUACGAUUUCCACAGAAAAUUUUGGUAAAAUGUGGCUGAGACUAUCUAAUGAACUUAAGGAAAAGAUCCAGAUCUCCAGUCCACAGCAAUCCCUUUCUGAAGUAUUGCUUGCGAUACAGCAAGUGUUGAACCUUUAUGUUGUGGAAGUCAUUGGUGAUGAAGGGAUAGCUGCGUGCCAACUGAUGCCCUCUGUACCAUCUCUGCUGCACUGCCACCUUCAGGAGGGUAUAUUGGUGGUGUGGAUAAGAUCGUCGUCUUCUACUCUAUCAGACUCUUUAUUUCACCUCUGCCAAAACGCAUUAACAGAACAUUGAGAAUAGCAGUGCCUCCUUUUCUGGAUCUUGUGCUUUACGUGGUUGUACCAAAGGAACACAGUCAGAGAGGAUGUGAUGCUAAGGACUCUGGAGAGAUGGAUAUUGCUUUAUUUUAUUAUAAACUUUUUUUUUUACCUGCAGGUUGUUGCUAAUACUUGAUCAUUUGCACUUUGAUGGACGUUCACAUUUUACCUUCUUUUUUUUUUUUUUUACUUUUGUCAUUCUCUUCACAAGAGAAGCCUAUUAUUUAUGUGCUGCACUGCGACAUCAGUAUCCACCAUAGCAGUGUGAGAAUACCUCAAAGUAUUUAGCUCCUGCUGCGCUACUGGGAUCUAGUCUAGCGCCUUCUCUUACUGACUGCUGGAUGGAAUUUUAAUGCGGCAUGCUUCCUUUGCAAACCUCUAGAAAGGGCACAAGAUUUAUUCAGGGACGUUGUGGUGUACGAAAGUUUCAAAUUAUGUAGAUAUUGAUUCUAUAUUUUACACCAUAAUUUAUGGCUUUUCACUUAUCUUGCCACUUUUCAAAAGCUAGGUGGGAAAAUGAGCGGGACUUGGGCAGGUUCAUGGCCUCCCACUGCCCAGUAGUAGAAACAGGUUUAAAUGAUAUUUCAAACCUAUGCCCUCUCAUAGCUGGUGAGGAUGUGAACUUCUGGUGCCUGGGAAUGUGCCUAAUUUAUUAAGAGGUCUGUGGUUCUUAAUACAUUUGGCCCAUUCUUCGCCGAUCUACUUUAUACUAAGGCUGGUGUUUGUUACAUUUCUGGAUACCAGUAGGAUAAUUCUUAUCAUUUAUUACAUAUGUAGUAAUACUCAGAAAUAAGGCUUUGUUCACAUCUAUAUUCAGAACCUCUAGGGCUUUCCCCCGAACUUCACAAUAUUUUUGGCAAGAGUAUCACAGUCUACAGCGCUAUUUUUGGCACAUUGAUGGAUCCCAUUAAAGUCAAUUUUAUCCACCAAGGUUUGCCGGUAUAUGCUUCCCGCAUAGCUUUAAUGGCUCCGUUGUAAACAAAAUCAUGAUAUAGCGAACAGCACCCAAAAUAUCUGCUGGGUGACAUGUAACACAUACUUGUGGCAUUGGUGCAAUUCACAGACAGCAAGCUGUGGUGCACUGGUGAUAUUGUGAGCAGGGUGCAGUUGUCUGCAUGCAGUACUGGCACAGAUAUUAUAGAUACAGCAAUACAAUAAUGAUUCAUAAGGUCUACAAAGUAUGCCCGUUUUCUGGUGUACAAAAGUCACAAAUUCCUGCAGCCCAGCACGGCCCUUACAUUUACUAUAAUUUACAACAGAAAACUGGCUAUACACGUUUCGGCUUCUUGCGCAGGGAGAGCACAGAUGCAACAAAUUUAUUAAAAGGCAUGCGGUUUUCAUUGACUGGUGUGUGAGGCGCCAGUUUUUAGUAAAUGAGCCCCAAUAUUGUAUCCCGUCUGUCCAUGUGUGACUAAGAUCGCACUCCACUACAAUACCAGGCACUUCCUCUGAACACAUGUGGCGCUGCUGAUUAUU